CUAACAACUAUUACACAUUUUUCUCUAUGUUUUGUUAGUUCUCCUAAAAGGCUUUUCUUGAUAGCUAGUCCUCUUAGUCAUAAUCAAUUUGUUGAGCAACAUAGGAGAAGUGAUAUGGGAGAGCACAAAGUCUUUGUAUGGAGUCUAAGUUUCCUGGUUUUGUUGUGUUUUGGGCUUUAUGGACGUGUAACAGUUGAAGCAAUCCGAGAAGGGAAGUUUUUAACUUCUCAGGCUAAGGCUGCCAAUGUAGCACUAACCAAUGGUUACGGAAAAGAGUUUGGAGGUGGAGGUGGAGGUAUGGGUGGAGGCAUAGGAGGAGGUGGUGGUUUAGGCUAUGGAUCAGGUGGUGGCGGUUUUGGUGGUGGAAAUGGUAACUAUGGGAUGGGUGGAGGAUCUGGCAGUGGCCAUGGCGGUCAAUAUGGUAGUGGUAGUGGCGGUGGCUUUGGUAAUGGUGGUGGCGUUGGUGGAGGAAAUGGUGGCGGAUAUCCAGGUUAUGCUGGUGACAGAGUGCAGUCUAAGUUUCCACAAGUGUCUGCAGGGAGGAAGAACUAAUAAGGAACAAUACUCAUGUAAAAUAAGGACAAUGCUUACUACUAAAGCUAGUCUACCUUACACUAUUGUAAGCAGCAAAGUAGGUCCAGAACCAAAAAGGAUAUAAUAAUAAUAAUAACCAAAGAGAUUAUUAUUCACUUCAUAUAAUAAAAAGUCACUGAAACAA